UUCAUUGAAUUUAUUAGAAUAUAAUUACCAAAAUUUUGUUUUCUUAGAAUUUUCUUAAAAUUGAGAAUUUAUUGUGUAUUCGAAUAUUCCUUUAUGACUUUAUCAGAAAAACUUAUACAAAAUGAAGUUCCAGAUUUCCUUGGGGAGGAACUUGUAUUUUGUGAUAAAUUAUGGGUCAACCGAAAGCGAAGCUUAGUAGUUCUGGCGCGCAAUUUGAAAUGUUACCAAUUUUACCAGAAACAACUUGUCAACAGUAUAGAUUUGUCGGAAACUUGUUUAAAAAAUGUUGCUCCAAACUUGUGUGACUAUAAAGGUCCAAAAAGUAAAUGGUUUAAGUUUCGGAACGAAGACUCACAUAGUAGCUUAAUGGACUUAAAGACUUUAUCGGAAACCUCAGAACAGCAGACCUCAAUAUGUGGCGAAGGGCACAUUACGACUGAUCUGAAAAUAUCAUUUGGAAAGUUUGUUUAUACAAAUUUUGAAAUUUGUAAAUUAUAUUUGUUAAUACAUCUUUGGGAUAAAUUGUUGGCUAUUGCCUUGCCCGACUUCGUUUUUGUCGUGCAGUUCGAAAGUGUUCAUAAACACCGUAUCAUACAUGGUAAAGAAAAAUUCGAUGCUAUAUUAGAAAUAAAAUUUGAAAAUGGUGACAUGAUAUACACAAAUUUUCAAGAAAAUGAAAAUAUUAAUCGCUGUUCUCUUAGCAACGGUGGUAACGAUAGAAGAAAUAUAAAGCAGCUGUUGGAGCAAGUAAGAUGUGCCAAAGCGGAACUACAAUUGUAUAAAUCAACUACACAAAAAGAGUUUGACACUUUGCGUGAUUUCCAAACAUUUGGUUGUAACUAUAUUCGUAGCGACCAGUUAGAAGAAAAGCCGUUUAUUGCCAGAUGUGGUGACAUUUGGUUAAGAUAUGUUUCGAACAAUAUAAUGGUUCUUGGUGUACCACUGCUCAACAAUUGCUCCUUAAGUAGCCUAAUAAUAACCAAAAACCUAAAACCAAUUUUUAAGAUGAAGGAUACUUGUGUAGACAAUAUUAUAUAUAAAUAUCGCAUAUACCAAUUGAAACAAAAUUUUGAAAAUUUAGAAACUUUGGAAACUUUUUUUCAAACCGAAGAUGAGGAAUUACAAACAACACCAAUUUGGUCGAAAUGUGAGUUGAAUCGAGUGCUGCCUUCAUCCUUUGCUGUACUUUUGAUUGCCAUACAAACUUCCCAAUUAUUUUUAGUAGAAGAGUGUCCUUUACUAUUACAUUUUGAAGUGGAAAAGGAACAUUCACAUAAAAUGAAUCAACCGGUAAAAACAAGAACUUAUGAACAACAUCUCUUUUUGAAGAAUUUAAAUAUUAACAACAUAAUUACGAACCGACAUAAGUAUAAUCUUUCAUUUGAGAAUUCAACUUUUCAUCAGGACUUUUUGGCUAUGGCAAUGAUUAACAAAGAGUCCACACUACAUAUCCAAUUCGAAUCAAAGAAAGAUGUAUUUUUAUUUGAGCAAUUAAUGGCUAAGAAGUUCAACUUCGAUAUUAUCAAAAGAAAUACAAUUUUUAAUGAUUGUGUACAAAAUGAUGUUAAUAACCAUGAGUUUGUAGGAGAUAAAGAUUUACAUAACAAAAAAAACUAUAUUUCGUGUGUAUAUUUCAAUAAGCUUUGCACGUCAAUAUGGUUUGGAUCGAUGGCUUUAGAAGUAUCACAAACAGAUGAAAGUGAAGAUCAUAAUAAAACAUGGAAAGUUUAUUUACAUAAUAACGAAAAUGCUCUUAAUUGUAUAUGCAUAUUACUAAAAGAGCUUACUAUGCUUAAUUGCAGCAUAAAGAAUAUAGACUAUUUUAUUGAAAAGAAGGAAACAAGUGAUGAAACUUUUCUUAAUAUUAAAAAUGAAAUUGUCAAUGAAUUGGAUGUAUUAAGGCAGAUAAAUGAAUGUCUUGAUGGUGGCAGAAAAAAAAUAAUUUUCGGCGAAUUAUUAAAAAAGCAAGUACGUUCAGAUUUUUUAAUGAGUGCUUGAGGCAGUUCAAUACAAAACUUUUACAAAUAAAGAGAAGAAAAGAGUUGACUAAUGUUUAUUACGACAUAUAAAUCCAAGCACUGUACACUUUCGAUGUUUAUAAAACUGAAUAAUGAUAUUAAUAUAAUUGCAUAUGA